GAACACUGGAUUGAACUGAAAACUAUGCUUCCCAUCAAGGUUAUGGAGGACAACUUUCCCCCUCGCACUUUUGAUCCUACAUAUCACUUCCAUGUCGUACUGCUGGAUCAGAGAAGCAGGCUUCGGGGGCACAUCAGGAGCCUCCGGGAGAUUUCGCGAAGAAUCAACAAACUGCACAGACGCUCUCUAAUCGCCAAUUUCACUGGGAGUUCGUUAAGUGCCGCAGGUGCCAUCGUGGCCAUCGUGGGGCUGUCCUUGAGCCCUGCAACAUUAGGGGCAUCCCUUUUGGCUUCCGGGGUGGGCCUAGGAGUGGCGGCUGCAGGAGGGGCCGUCACGGUGACUUCCGACCUCUCCUUAGUCCUCUCUAAUUCCAGGGAGGUGAGGAAGGUCAAGGAGAUUGCACUGAGCUGCCAUGCUCAGAUGAGAGAAAUCGCGCACUGCCUGGAAUUCUUGCACCGCAGUCAGGGCCCGACGGAUCCUAGGUUACUGCCGGCUGAGAGAAACGCCUCCGUCACACUGUACAAUUCCAUCUGCUUCAUGGUGUUCUGUGGCUCCCACAGCUUUCUGGUCCCCAAGCACAACGAAGAGGUGACCAAAGUGAGUCAUGCUGUGCUCAAGGCAAAAGUCCAGAAGCUGGCAGAAAGCCUAGAAGCCUGUGCAAGGCCCAUGGAUGAGAUCUGCGAACUGUUGGAGAACAGGAAGGAAUCCCCCCUGAAGACAAGAAGAAUAGCACUCUAGGAGGAUGCCCAGGGUCAAAAUCACCCACAUCCUCUGAAAAUGACGACGGGGACCUAAAACACACUGUGCUAUUCCUAUUAGGACUGUGCCAAAUCAGAGUUUUCUCCAGGCAUUUCUCAAUACUUGCAGCCAACACCCCUCAGGGGCACAGUCUGUAUUGCUCUCCUGUUAUGUCUGUGCACAGCAAAUAGAAAUUGUAGCUACACAAGUGCUGGUCUAUGCUAUCAGCACAUCCCAAGAUUUGGUGUCUGCGUAUGGCUGUCUCACAGCACAUCAUACCUUGCUUUCUUAGGGGGGGUUGGGGGAGACUUCCACAUUUCUAAUUUGGUGCUACAACACUGAUCUCGAUGCAACUAUCGCUUCUGCAUGCAUGUACUCCAGCAUUACCCCCCCCCCCCAAGGUAAUCAGAAGUGGACGGGGACACUUGCCAAAGCUCUGAUUAAAUUUUUCUCCCACAGCGCUGAGCUAGGUGAAAACUGUGGUCAUGAGGGAACCAGAGCCAACCUAGGAAGAAAACGGCUGCAGAUUCCAGAACUUGCAGUUUCCAAAGCUCUGCGAGGCAGAUAAUGAGGGAGUCAAAGGCCAGAGAGCCUGAAUGAACCUGAAUAUUUUCCAGUGAUGUUCUUAGUAGCGGAUGGGAAUUUCACUCGCAAGUGCGGCAGGAGUUUAAUCAGUUUGGCUUUGGUUUGUUGCUCGAACUUCACCCGCUCUUUAUCAUGCAUUCUUCCAGUACAGUGGAACCUCGGUUUACGCCUACCUCCGUUUAUGAAUGCCUCCGUUUACGAACGCUGCAGACCCGAAAGUGUUUACAUCCGGGUUCUGCGGCGCUCAGAUGCGCAGGAGCGAUCUGUGCAGCUCGCGCGUGCGCAGAAGUGCUCUAUCGGCACUUCGCGCAUGCGCAGAAGUGUGCCUUCGGCGAGCGAACACCUCCGCAGAACGGAUUGCGUUCGCAAACUGAGGUACCACUGUACAGGCAGGCAAAUUAAGGCACCUGAGGCACUGCUCCACUAACUUCGGUCUUAGAAUCAUAGAGUGGGAAGGUGCCCAGAGGGUCAUCUGGUUCAACACCCUGCAAUGUAGGAAUCACAGCUAAAGAAUCCCCAUGAUUCCUCUUGAUUCCUGUGUGCUUAUUCAAACCAGCCAUGGGAGGGGGUGCUGCCUGCCUGCUUUCUUCUCCUCGCUCUUGGUUUUGCCCUUGUAGAACUCAACAGGGAGGACGGGGUCAAAGGUAGAAUCAGUUCCAUGCCUCCACCUGCUAUUGGCUGUGGCUCAAAUAUGGUUGGCCUCCUUGCCUUCUGCCCUACGAACCUAGUAGGCAACAGCUCCCAUUCCUAGCUUUAACUAUCACCUAUCUAAAGUGGGUGCUCCCCCCUUCCACACCACAUGCUCAGGGACAUGGUGUAUCGGUGUAUUUUUGUAUUUAUUUGUUUUGGGUAAUUUAAACGUGGAUUUGAAGUUUCUAUUUAAAGAAAUAAGAAUAUAGCCACUCCAAGAUGGAAGAGCUCAUUCUACAGAGCCAAAGUUUGUUAUAUCUGAGGCACAGCAAUAUCCUUAACUUGUUUGAUGUCCCCUUCUCCUUGUCAGUUCCCCACAGACCCCGCCAUCAAAUGACCUGUGAAAGAAGAGCAGGUGGGACUAGAAAUUCAUGUGUGAAUAAAUAAUAAUAAAAAAAGCCACUUCACCCUUUUUUCAGAUUUGAAAAGUGGAGAACUGAACUUACAAUUAGAAAAAUGAACAACCAGGGGAAACCAAAGCUGACACAUUUCCCCAUCCCUACUCUAAGACAGAGUUUAUGAUAUGCAAAUGUUUGUAAGAAUAUGCAGAUGUGAGGGUGACUUGUGACGUCAGUUUGUGUCUUCGAAACACUGCUGAUGAGCAAGAACUAAGCAGAAGAAUUAGAUAGAAGAUGGGACAGCUAUUCUUGUUGGCAUCAAUUUGUCUAGAGAGACAAUGGAAUAGUGUGCCAUCGGGGAUACAGUCAAAACAUUGGAGAGUUACAGCGCCUGCUGUGGCUGUAGAGACCAAUAUGGGAGAGACAUGUUUUAUUGCAGCUGGGGCAGAUGAAAGCAUUUGGUUGUGCUGUUACAGGUACACUAUGGCAUUUCCUCUCUCCACCUUCCUCCCAGCGGUCAUUUCUCCUCUGGUCACUUCUCCUCUGCAGGAUGCUACCCCUAGGAAAACAGCUAUGAAAAGUUGGAAGAAAGAAGAGGUAGAACUGGGCAGUGGGUACGUUGCUUACGAGGGCAAAACAGCUUUACAUAAGUAGUGGGGGGGACACUGCAUAAUGAAUGGUACGGGUGGCCUGUGAAGAUAAGGAGAUGGUUUGAAAGAUGAAUGUAAGCUCAGACGCAGGUUUACCAACUUGGUGAGAACUAGGCCAUAGAUAACACACAGUGAUGCUAUACUUCAAAGACCUGUUUGAUGCUCUUUAUUUCCUCGCUUGUGGCUCAGGUGAAAGGAGAUACAUUAUAAUAUUAAAGUGUGGAAUGGUGGGCAAGAGACAAGAUUUAAAUGUACUGGAUCCUAAGGAAUUUGGGUAUGGGGUGAGCUUCCUCUAAACCAGGCAUCCCCAAACUGCGGCCCUCCAGGUGUUUUUGGCCUACAACUCCCAUGAUCCCUAGCUAACAGGACCAGUGGUCAGGGAAGAUGGGAAUUGCAGUCCAAAACAUCUGGAGGGCCGAAGUCUGGGGAUGCCUGCUCUAAACUGAUCCUUGACUUUCUGCUCUUUGGGGAAAGGGACAAGAGAAGUGGCCAAAAUGAUCUGCUUGCUAUUUUGGGUAUUUGUAAAACCAAGGAACAACUUGCACAGAUAACUAACUCUGAUCCAAUACAAAAUACAGAUUAAAUGAAUGAGCACAAAGUAACCUUGUGUCUGCGUCUAUUUGUAUAUAUCGUUUACUCACAAAAUUGCUUCUUCAAGGAAUGGGAAUGUCACAGCAACUUUAGUGGAGGCAGGCUGCUUUGAAUAUAGUUAAUGGAGACUUAAGGUGCAUUCGUAAUAAUGCAUUUAUUUUCAAACAUGCGAGUAGUGUAGGUAUUAAGGGGUGCAAAAAUAAGCACACUGGCCGUCUCUUUAAAUCAAAACAGAAUCAAUCUUCUUCUUUACAAGUUCUUCUCGUGAGGGAGCUUUGGGCUUCUGGACUCGCUAAUGCUAUCUGUCAUACAGAGUCCUUGUUUAGAUUUCCUGCCUAUUGCCUAUUGUUAUAUAAGGACAGGAUGUAGCAUAGUUGGACUCCAGUAACUGAGGGCUCAGGGACAUCAUCAUUUCCACAGUGCUCACGCACGUAGCCAGGAGUUUUUGCAAUCAUGCCACUUGGGUAUCGGAGGUCCUUCAGUAUCCAGAAUGAGUCCCUGGGGAUACUUUGCUGUGACUUUCUGAAAACCACUGUCAAUCAACUGCUAGGUUUAGGUUCGGCAAACAGUCCAUAUCCAAAGAAGAACUGCUUCUGAUUUUAUUUGGUAUUAAUCAUAAGGAUUUAUACCAGCCCUUCAACAAGUUUCCUUUUGCAAGAUUUGCAGGCAGGCACAUCUUAGACUCAUUUAUUGAAUCUAAUAUCAAAGGGCUGGUGCUGGGUAAGAUGUUGCUGCGUGUCUGUGAAGAACCCUCUACUUUCAUACAGUUUGUGACUUUUAGUCCCUUCCCUGCUAUUUUGUUAAAACAUAUGUACAAUUGAGGAUCGCUGCCAUAUUUUUAAAAAGACACUUGGGAGGUGCACAAAGGGAAUGCUUCAUUGUCAAUCCAGAAACCAUCAAACUCAGCUAUGUGAUUUAGUGUCCUUUGCUAGCCUGACCCAGCAGUGGCUAGAGGGCUAAGAGUAUACCUUGGAGGACAGGGUUCAAAUGGCCCCUUACCCACAAAACUUUGCUGCAUGACUUUGAGCCAGUCACCCUUCCUCAGCCUAGCCAACAGGGUUGCUAUGGGGCCUCUUUUGUGCUGCCCUCUUUUUGUGCAACUUAAGAAAAUAAUAAAAAAGGAUUUAAAAAACAAACAAAUGCAAGCCAAUUAAAAUACAGCAUCAGCUUCAGAAGAUGUACCGUAAUUAAAAACUUCAUUUUAAAAAAACGCUUUCAGCAGCUUUGCCGUUUCUAUGAUAAUAAAAGAUAGGGGACUAUAGCUGCUUUUCGACUCCCCCUGUGGUGCCCCAAUGGACCAUUACAGAUCCCAAAACAUCAAAACUAGUUUAUGUUUUAUAUUUAGGUUUGAUUGUAAGCCGCUUUGGAUUGUCCUGAACAAGAUAAAGUAACUACCGGUAACAAGUUCAACAAACAAACUUAAAUUGUAAAUCACUUACAAGUUCUAUCAAGCAGGACAUGCGGUAUAUGUUGUUGAAUAAAUUUUGUUAAAUAAAUAUAUGGAUUUUGUUUUCCUUCCUCCACCCCUCGGGAUCUCCUAACAUUUAUUUAUUACACAGCAAAAAUGCUCCCUUUUCUUUCCGAACCCGUCAUCCCUGCAGCUAUUUUUUGCCUCUUGUUAGUUGCCGACCUCGCUUGCCCUC